ACAAACAUAGUUAGAGAGAGAAAGAGAGGAAAUAAUGAAUGAUGCAUUCUAUUUCUAUUUCUAUUUCUAUUUCUAUUUCUAUUCUUCUCCUAUAACUAUGAACCAUAUCAUAUCAUAUAAUAAAUAAAUUAAAUAAUUUAAUAAUACUCUCUAUUCAUUGUCUAUUCCAUGUUCAGUUGAGUGAUCAAUCAUAACCAACACAAACGCACACACUUUCCAUCUUUACAACAUUUUUGCUUGCCAAUCUCCAUUCUCUUCUCUCUCUCUCACUCUCUUUCUCUCUUUUUUGCUUUCUUAUUCUCUUUUUGUAGCGGUUUUUUAUUUUUGGUUUUCCAUGAUUGCAUCUCACCGGAAAAUCCUUUUUCCACCGUCGAUUCCCGAUCUCCGGUGACCGGAAAACCAUUUUCGUUUCCUCCUCCGACUCCCGGCAUGGGAAGCAUCAACAACAGCGUCGACACCGUUAACGCCGCCGCAACCGCCAUCGUCACUGCCGAAUCCAGAGUCCAGCCUACUACCGCGCCGAAAAAGCGCUGGGGAAGCUGCUGGAGCCAGUACUGGUGUUUUGGAUCUCGUAAAACCAGCAAGCGAAUUGGCCAUGCGGUCCUUGCUCCUGAACCUGUUGCACCAACAGGUCCAGCUGCUGCUGUCUCACUUGCACCAAAUCCUCCUACUGCCAUUGUAAUACCUUUCAUUGCCCCUCCAUCUUCUCCUGCAUCUUUUCUCCAAUCUGAUCCUCCAUCUGCUACUCAAUCACCGCCUGGAUUACUUUCACUCUCUGCUCUCGCUGCCAAUGCUUACUCUUCUGGUGGUCCUGCAUCCAUUUUUACCAUAGGUCCGUACGCCUAUGAGACCCAGUUAGUUUCUCCACCUGUAUUUUCCAACUUCACAACUGAACCAUCCACUGCUCCUUUUACUCCCCCACCCGAAUCUGUGCAGCAAACAACACCGUCAUCCCCUGAGGUUCCAUUUGCUCAAUUGUUAGCAUCUUCACUAGACCGGGCUCGUAGAAGUAAUGGCUCACAGAAGUUUGCAUUAUACAAUUAUGAUUUUCAGCCUUAUCAACAAUAUCCUGGAAGCCCAGGUGGCCAACUCAUAUCACCUGGAUCAGCAAUUUCAACUUCUGGCACCUCUACCCCGCUCCCUGAUAGACGCCCUACUCUUGAAUUCCGAAAAGGGGAAACGCCAAAGAUCUUGGGUUAUGAACACUUCUCCACUCGAAGAUGGAGUUCAAGGCUAGGAUCUGGAUCAUUGACACCAGAUGGUGCAGGGCAAGGUUCAAGAAUGGGUUCAGGAUCUUUGACUCCUGAUGGUGCUGGGCUUGCUUCACGAUUAGGUUCUGGGUGUGUGACACCUGAUGGUAUGGGCCAGGAUUCCAGGAUAGCUUCUGGCUCUGUGACACCUGAUGGUGCUGGGCCAAUGAAACAGGAAGCAUCUCUUGCAAAUUCAGACAAUGGACAUCAAAGUAAUGCAACAUUGGUGGAUCACCGAGUUUCAUUUGAAUUAACUGGGGAAGAUGUUGCUCGAUGCCUUGCAAAUAAAACAGGGCUCUUGCUUCGAAACAUGUCAGGGUCUUCACAGGGAAUACUGGCCAAAGACCCUGUUGACAGAGAAAGGAUACAAAAGGACACCAAUAGUUGCUGCAAUGUGUGUUCAGGGAAAACAAGUGAUAAGCCUGACAAUCCUCAAGGAGAAGGAGAGCAGUGCUGUAAUAAACAAAAUUCUGUAAAUUCUUCCAAAGAAUUCAAUUUUGACAACAGAAAAGGUGAUGAUUCUGGCACUUCUGCCAAUGGCUCUGAGUGGUGGACUAACAAGAAGGUUGCUGGGAAGGAAGGUAGAUCAGCCAACAGCUGGGCUUUCUUCCCAAUGUUACAAUCAGAAAUGAACUGAAGAUUCAGUUCAUUGCAACAUGACUUAACCUGUAUGGUAUAAGGCAAAAAGGAUUUUCCAUUUCUCUGCAGAACCUUUAGCGUACUGAAUGUAUAUUUAAAGACAUUGUUUUAAUUUUUAAAUGCAGUUCGUCAUGCCUCUGAGAAAAUUGUAGUAAAAUGUAUGAUUCAGUGAGACUCAGACUAAACAACAGUUGUUAUAGUCCUUCAAGACCCAAGGUAGAAUGCAAGGGGAGCAUGGUAGGUAGGUAGGGACCUAUAGAGUGGGUUAUAUUAUAUAAUUCUAUGGAACAUUUCUUCUAGCAUUUCAUCGUUUCAUGUAUACAGAAAUAGCAAAGUACAGGUAUUUCGUGUUGUGGAUUAUUAUUGUAUCAUUUCAUGUACAAUAAUGAAAAAAAAAAUUAUCCUUUUAUUUAUGUUUAUUUGUUAUUUGGGAUCUUGGAUUUAUAAGGAACCUGCACAUUUGAUGGGGUCUCCAGUUACAUGCCUGCAAUUGUUGCAUUGGUGGGGUAUAUGCUUAUAGGGUGGGUUCCCUGUAUAACUUUGUAUCUACAUGUUUACCUGUAUUUGUGCCCUUUAAUUAAUGCAUCAAUUGGGGUGCUACACUUGAGCUAGCACAAUAUGGUACCCAUCUGUCAUAAACUGAUGCAUGGUCCCCUUAUAUGAAUGUGCAGCUGAAAGGCUGCAACUAAGUCGUUCUGGCUCAUCAUUUGGUUCAAUUUGAUUCCUCAUUUCGAC